GCAGUGACGACGAAGACAACAACAAAACACAGCUGCAAAGUAGGGUGUUAGCUUGCUAGCGUUACUUGAAAUUAACCUUAGCUCGAGUCACAUAACCCUGGGCGAGGAGAAGAGACCUGUAACAAGCGAAAUGAGAAUCGAUGAAAAUGUGUAGCUACAUAGCAAUAUGAAUCGAUUGUAAAAACUAAGAUUGAGUCAGCUACAUUAAAGACUAGCUAAUCAUCCCACAUAGCUAGCGUUCUAAAUCCAGCUAACGUUAGCUAGCUCUAUGUCAUUCAAGCUAAACCAGAUUAGCCAGCUACCGGUAUCUCGCCAAGGCGGAGGAGAAGAUGGGAGUAAACAAAAAAGGGUGGUGUUGAAUGACUAAAUGAUCAAGAUAAAGGAGUGUGAAGAUCGCUGGAGGAUUCAACAUGAAGUUGUAUGUAUUCCAGGUCAACAAUGGAAGCACUCUGACAUUUGACACAGAGCUUGCUGUCCAAACAGUGUUGGACCUCAAACAUGCCAUCCAGGUCAAAUACAAGAUUGCAACCCAGCAUCAAGUCCUGGUUGUCAAUGGAGGGGAGUGUAUGGUUGCAGAGAGGCGAGUCUGCAGCUACAGUGCUGGCACGGACACCAACCCCAUAUUCCUGUUCAACAAAGAGAUGAUUUUGUGUGACCGGGCUCCGACUAUCCCCAAAACCACCUUCUCUAUUGAGAAUGAGAUGGAGCUCAAGGUGGAGGAGUCACUAAUGAUGCCAGCAGUUUUUCACACCGUUGCCUCACGAACACAACUUGCUGUGGAAAUGUUUGAAGUCGCCAAGAAACUUUGCUCUUUCUGCGAACGCCUGGUUCACGAUGAACACCUCCAACACCAAGGCUGGGCUGCCAUCAUGGCAAACCUGGAUGACUGCACCCUUUCCUAUCAGAAGCUACUGUGGAAAUUUGACACGGCAUACAUUAAUUAUCAACAAGACUUUGAGGAUAUCAAAUGGAAACUGACAAAACUGGGGACAGCAGUCUCAGUCAUGGCCAAGAUCCCCCUGCUGGAGUGUCUGACCCGCCACAGCUACAGAGAAUGCCUAGAGAAGUCCUGCUCCACUCCAGACAAGGACUCAGAAGAGGAGAAGUCCACUGACUCUGUGCUCUGCCCCACCCCCACCGAAACACAAAGGAACUCCACCAAGCUACUUAUGUCAAUCUCUGCUCCGGGGGCGGUGGGCUCACCCGACACCGCCGAAGCCCAGGAAAGCAGUGAGAUGACUGACAGUAGUGGGCUGAGGGCAGCCCUGCAGGAGGCAGACUCUCCAGAGAGGGCCAACCCCCCGUCCUUCAACGUCACACUGCUGGACUGGAUCAAUGUUCAAGACCGGCCCAAUGACGUGGAAUCAGUUGUGAGGAAAUGCUUUGACUCCAUCAAUAGGCUCGACCCACGGAUCAUUCAACCAUUCUUGGUGGAAUGUCGAGACACGAUAGCCAAACUGGAUAAUCAGAACAUGAAAGCCAUCAAAGGGCUUGAGGACAGGUUAUACGCUCUAGACCAAAUGAUAGCGAGCUGUAACAAGUUGGUCAAUGAACAGAAGGAACUUGCUCAGGGAUUUCUGGCCAAUCAGAAUCGUGCUGAGAACCUGAAGGAUACAUCCGUGCUGCCUGACCUGUGUCUUAGUCACGCCAACCAGCUGAUGAUCAUGCUGACCAACCACAGGAAGCUGCUGGACAUCAAACAGAAGUGCACCACUGCCAAACAGGAACUGGCGAACAACCUACAAGUUCGACUCAAAUGGUGCUGCUAUGUGAUGCUGCACGCGGAUCAGGACGGGGAGAAGCUGCAGGCCUUGCUGAGGCUGCUGACAGAGCUGAUGCAGCGGGUCCGGGUGGUGGACGCCCUCAGCAGCGUGCCUCAGAUGUACUGCCUGGCUGUGGUGGAGGUGGUCCGCAGGAAGAUCUUCAUAGGCCACUACAGAGAGUGGGCCUGUGCUCUCGUGAAGGAUGGAAAGCAUCUCUAUGAGACUGAGAAGUAUAAAAGGGAAACGUUUGGCAAGUUGUUCAGGAAAUCUUUUCUCAGAAAUCGCUUGUUUAGAGGACUUGACUCAUGGCCCCCCACUUCAUUUUGCACGCGAAAGCCCAGAAAGUUUGACUUUGAGCUUCCAGAUAUUUCCCUUGGUGACCUGCAGUACUUAAAGACCUGUUGUCCUCCAGAGGUGCAGCCUUUCCUCAGGCUUCCAACACUGCGUGACUUUGAGCCUUUGCACCAGCACGUCGAGAUGCUUCAACAAUUGGUGCUAGCUGCUCAAGCUGCCAGUGUGGACGAGAUGUCUCAAACUAUCACUGACUUACUGAGCGAACAAAGGGUGUCAUGCAGCCAGAGUGCUCAGAGAUCCACGACAGCGGUGACCCCGUUGACCCCGCGGUCCGACAGCACCCCGGGGACCACCUUUACCUCCUCCAAGACCCCCUCCACUCUCAGUCUCCCGGGCCCACUCUGCCAGCCCCUCCCUGGCCCCACCACCCUGGAGGACCUGUCCCCAGACAGCAUCGACGCCCAAACCUUCGACUUUGAGACCAUUAGCCACCCCAACAUGGACCCCGUCCUGCAGCAGGCCGGCUCCCUGGACCUGGACUCUCUGGCUGAGAGCCCCGAGUCAGACUUCAUGUCGGCGGUCAACGAGUUUGUGAUCGAAAACUCGCCCACCCCCAUCAGUGACCCCACCAGCCCAGAGAUGAUGGUGGAGUCGCUGUACUCUUCGGUCAUCAAUGCCAUCGACAGCAAGCGCAUGCAUGACACCACCACCUUAGAGAGGGAGAACUCCAAGAUGGCCGCGCUAAAGCUGAGCAUUGAGAAGUACCGCACUGCCGCCGAGGAGUCCCAGACCAACCUGCGGAGCGUCAAGGAUGACCUGUACCGCUACAGAGACCUGGUGUUAAAGGAGCAGCGAGACUUUGGCUUCGCCUUGAAGACCAUGACCAUUGAGGUGCGCAACAUGGUGGACACCAUCCGUAAGAAAGAGGAGGAGGAGCUGAGGGAGCAGCACCAGGCCGAGCUCCACUCCCUGCAGCAGGACCACGAGAAGCAGCUUCAGGCCCUGACAGAAGAGAACCAGGUCAACCAGAACAUUGUGAAAGAUGUGCAGCGGGCCAUGCUGGACCUGGAGGGGCUGCUGGAGCACAAAGAGAAGGCGCUUACCCAGCUGGAGGUCGAGAGGGAGCACUGGGCCGAGGCAGAGAAUGGACACACUCAAAGGGCCAGGGACCUGGAGCAGAAGGUCAGCAAUCAGGCCCAAGAAGUGCAGACCCUGGCUGCCUCCAGAGACUCCCUGGCCAGCCAGCUGGAGAUGCUGCACGUUGAGAUCGAGCGCAGCCAGCAGAAGAUCCGCCAGGAGCUGGAGGGGGCCGAGCAGUCCCACCUGCAGGAGCUGGAGGAGAGGAUGAGGCAGCAGCACCAGGCCCAGUUAGACACCCUGGCCCGGGAGAACCAGGAGGCCCAGGAGCAUCUGGCCACAGAGAACAGGGCCAAGCUGAGCGAUGUCACUGACCUGCACGUCGCCACCCUGACAGAGAGGGACGGCCAGCUGAGGGACCUGGAGGCCCGGGUCGUCGAGCUGGCUGACCUGCGCUGCAAGCUGGAGGUGGAGCUGGCCCUGAAAGAGUCUGAGACGGAAGAGGUGAGGCUGCUGUACGAGGAGGCCAAGCAGGGGCAGCAGGAGGCUAAUGUGGGGAAGGCCACAGUGGAGGCAGAGACCCAGUCCCUCAGCAAACAGCUAGCCCAGGUUAACAGGCAGCUGCAGGCCAAGAACGAGGAGUACGAGACGGGCCUGGCUGAGCUGAGGAGGCUGAUGCGGCUGGAGAAGGACCAGUGUAUCUCUGAGUUGGUGGACAGGCACGAGGAGGAGAGGAACCAGCUCCGCUGCGAGCUCACCACCCUGCAGCAGCAGACCCAGGACACUGAGAGGAGCCGCAUGGAGCAGCUGCAGAACCUCCAGCGAGACCUCGACCUGCAGACCGUGGCGCUGUGUGAAGAUAAGGAGAAGCAGCAGAGGAGUUCUGAGGAGCAGGAGCAACACUUAAGGACAGUUAUCUGCGAUUUGCAGGUGGAGAACGACCUGCUCGCCAAAGGAUUAGAGCAGGACACACAACAUUUGGAGAAAGAGAAGACCUUGAAGGCUGCUGUACCAGAUGACUUUAAAGACUUAAAGCAACAAAAGGUGGAGAUGGAGAAAAGACUGUUAGACAAAAUUAGACAACUUGAAAAUGACCUUCAGGAAAGACAAUCCUCUGAAAGAGAGGCAGGGUUGUCGGAGGUGCAGACAGAGGGUCGGGGGUCUGAUGCUGGGGCUCCUCUCUCCCUGGACUCUGCCUUGCAGGAGUGUCUGCAGCAGGAGACGUCGUCACUGCACACCCAGCUGGAGCUGCUGGAGAGGAGGAAGAACGAGGAGAUGCAGAACCUCAAGACCUCGCUCUUCGCAGAACAACAGACUAACUUCAACACUGUGCUGACGAGAGAGAAGCUGAAAAAGGAACAGAUCAUCAGUGAUCUGACAGAGAAGCUGCGGAAGGUUACCCAGCAACAGGAGAAGGACAAAGGUCUAAUAGAGACGCUGUCUGAAGACCGGGCCAUCGUCAUGCAGGAGAAGAAGCAGUUGGAGGAGGACCUGAACCGGCUGCGCAGCACUGCCCUGGUGUCCUCGGCCUACUACAGCCCUAACCCCUUAGCCCUGGAGCCCACUGGAGCCAGGCCUGGACCUGGGCUUUGUCCUGGUCCUGGGACUGAAAUUGAGGUUGGGACUGGAGCCUGCUACUCGGAGCCCUUCCUUGACCCAGACAGACUGGCCUCUGUGGCCACCAUCAGAGAGGAUGACAGGGUGGACUCAGCUGUGGAGGCCAGUAUGGUGACAGUGCACGAUAACAUCCUGAUGAUGUCUGAGGAGAAACAGCGGAUACUGUUACUUGAGAGGACUUUACAUAUGAAGGAAGAAGAAAACAAGCGCCUCAGUCAAAGACUGAUGUCUCAAAGCAUGUCCUCGGUGUCGUCACGGCAUUCAGAGAAAAUCGCCAUCAGAGAUUUCCAGGUUGGCGACUUGGUUCUGAUCAUCCUAGAUGAAAGGCAUGACAACUAUGUGCUGUUCACCGUGGGUCCCACCCUGUACUUCCUCCACUCUGAGUCCCUCACUGCACUGGACCUCAAACCAGAUCCUAUGUUUACUUCAGCAUCAGGAGCCUCAAGACGGCCGUGGGUUCUUGGAAAAGUGAUGGAGAAGGAAUAUUGCCAGGCGAAAAAGGCUCAAAACCGGUUCAAAGUUCCUUUGGGCACCAAGUUCUACAGGGUGAAAGCUGUUUCAUGGAACAAGAAAGUAUAGUAUAGCCGAGUUAUGAGCUAAAAUGUAUGUUUAUAUUGCGUAAAGUUUUAAAUAGACUCUCACAUCAUACAUAAUUCAUAAAUAAAUCUCUUAUCAACUUGAAAAUGAAAAGAAAGAUCAUAAUCAUGCUAUUAUUUGGGCAUUCAGUUCAACAUCCCAUCAACCCUCUCUUUCUUUUUAAUCUGGAAGAUUUGUUAUUGUGGACCAAAUGCUAUUUCUUUAUUAGGGCAUGGCCCUAAACACUGGCAGAAAGCCAUUACUACCUGUGUGUAAAUUGAACAGAAAGUAUUUUGAUGUUUAUAUAUUUAGUUCUCAUUCAUUAUCAGCAUUUGUCCUCUUUGUGGAAAAUACUGUAUCAUUACCAACAACAUAAUUAAAAUGAAAAUAUACAUUUAUUAUAAAUGUUUAUGAAGGAAUGUUCAUGGCAUGCAUAUUGAUAUAUUUGAUUUGAUUUUACUUAUCCAGAUAAAUGUCGUAGUUGGAAAUGUAGUUCAUGCUGUUUGUUACUCACAACGCAGUAUGGCCCUGUGUUAAUACUGAUAUGUACAUUUUGGCCGACUGACGAAAGCGGUUGUCAUUGCAAUCCUUGAAAAUGCACUUUCAAAAUACAACGCUUUUUGUUGAUUCAAAAGGGAAGGAAUUGUGCUGUCAAAUAAAAUAAAUACGUAAAAAUUAACUAUAACAGCACAAAACUUCCCGCUAUCAUAGAAUAUUGAUAUGUAGAAAGGAAUACUUUGCUUGUGACCGUGUUUCAUUACUGGAUGACAUUGUACAUUACCCAUCAAUCGAAUCACACAAGUAACAAUAAAUGACUGUAUUGUAAAAUAAUUUAGAGUUUUGAAACAAUAAAGGAUUGAUCCCAAAUA